GGCCAUGGUUGACUUAAAAAUGCUCCAACAGUCAGAUCUAGAAAAAGAAAGUUCUGUUCAUCACACUCCCGCAUAACUGUUAGAGCAAGAUCAAGUAUGUUGCACCCAAUCUCACUCUCAAUCUUAACAAUUCUCUUCUUCUCUGCUAUUUUCAUUCUGUUAAGUAAGGUUAAGAAGAGAUUUGAUGAUCAUGGGUCCAAGCUCAAUCUACCUCCUUCUCCACCAAAGAUGCCAAUCAUCGGAAAUAUUCAUCAAUUAGGUCCAAUGCUUCACCAAUCUUUUUACAAUCUAUCCAGAAAGUAUGGUCCAUUAAUUCUCUUACACUUAGGCCAAAAACCCAUACUUGUAGUUUCAUCAGCAGAGAUGGCAACUCAAAUUUGUAAGACAAAUGAUGUAAUUUUCUCAAAUAGGUUCAGUACAAAAGCUUCUAAAGUUAUCUUCUGUGGUGGAAAUGAUAUAGCUAUAGCUCCAUAUGGUGAUUACUGGAGGAAAGUCAGAAAAUUCUGUGUUCUUGAAUUGCUGAGCCACAAAAGGAUUCAAUCGUUUCAGUUUGUAAGAGAAGAAGAAGUUAAUAGAGUCAUGGAGAGGAUAAAUUGUGUAGCUAGAGAGCCAGGGGAGACUUGAUAGAACAUCUCAAGAAUUAGAUACAUUCUUUAAUCAAGUCAUUGAUGAUCAUCUUGGUUUUGAGGGACCCGGCUGCAGAGAUGAUAAGCAGAUGAAUUUCAUUGAUUUGCUUCUUCUACAUGCUGAAGA